AUUCAACUUGGAAACCACAAAGAGGCAAGAGUUCAGAACAAGGCGUGCUCUGUGAGAGAGAGUCUAUGACUGUUACACGCUCAGAAACGCAUAGCGAAGGUGAAAGAGUUUGAAGUUCGUUAUGGCGAUUUGAUCAAGAGUUUGCGCAAUUCAAAAGCCACGCCCCGUUUUGGAUCAUAACACACUCUGAUUUGUUUUUCUGGUUAUCAUCACAACUCACAAGGACGUGCUAGCUGUGUUUUUUGGUAGCUGAGACGCGGUUUUGGCUUCGGAAAACUCGCCGACGUCGUUUUUGGACACUCUUAUUAAAACCCUCUUCCCUGUAGAGAGAAGCUAUCUCUACUUUCACACGAUCUCUCAUUUUCCUGCAAAAGCAAAGCGAUGGAGAUCAUGGACUGGCCUGCUUGUACGGAUGAAUACGAAAAGCUUUUGAUACGGAUGAGCACCCCAAGGGUUGUCAUUGACAAUGCUGUUUGCUCCACAGCGACAGUGGUCAAGGUUGAUAGUGCUAGAAGACAUGGUAUUCUAUUAGAUGCUGUACAAAUUCUCACUGAUCUCAAUCUUUCAAUUAAGAAGGCCUAUAUUUCCUCUGAUGGCAAAUGGUUCAUGGAUGUUUUUCAUGUCACUGAUCAAAACGGAAACAUGCUAACUGAUGAGAGCGUUUUAAAAUACAUUGAACAGUCACUUGGGACCAUUCAUUAUGCGAGAACCAAUUGCUCAAAUGGUCUCACUGCCCUGGAAUUAACUGGAACGGAUAGAGUUGGUCUUCUAUCUGAGGUUUUUGCUGUGCUGGCUGAUCUUCAAUGUGAUGUUGUUGAGGCUAAGGUUUGGACGCACAAUGGCCGCAUUGCCUCUUUAAUCUAUGUAAAGGACUGUGAUUCUGGUUCCACUAUUGAGGAUUCCCAGAGAAUUAACAACAUUGAAGUGCGUUUAAGAAGUGUUUUGAAGGGAGACAAUGACAUUAGAAGUGCAAAAACUUCUGUCUCUUUGUCUGUCAUGCACACGGAAAGAAGGCUUCACCAGAUGAUGUUCGCAGACCGUGAUUACGAGAGGACCCCCAUUCUCAAGUUUACCUCUGAUAAUGCUGUAGUGAAUGUCCAAAAUUGGGCUGAGAGGGGUUACUCAGUUGUCAAUGUUCAAUGCAAGGAUCGAUCCAAGCUAUUGUUUGAUGUGUUAUGCAAUUUGACAGACAUGGAGUAUAUUGUAUUUCAUGCUACUAUAAACACCAAUGAUGGACGAGCAUACUUGGAGUUUUAUAUAAGACACAAGGAUGGCACACCAAUAAGCUCAGAACCCGAGCGUCAUCGUGUGAUUCAAUGCUUAAAAGCUUCUGUGGAGAGAAGGGCAUCUCAGGGUGUUCGAUUAGAGUUAUGCACAGAAGACAAGCAAGGGCUUCUAGCAGAAGUGAUGAGAACUUUCCGAGAGAAUGGGCUGAAUGUGACUCGGGCUGAGAUAUCCACUGAAGGGAAAGUGGCUACUAAUGAGUUCUAUGUAACGGAUGCGAUUGGAAACAUUGUUGACCAAAAAGUAAUCGAAUCUGUUAGGCAGAGAAUUGGGUCAAGCAAUUUGGAAGUGAAAGAGGUACCGUUGAUGUAUCAUCACAAGGCGGAGAGAGAGGAUGAUACAGUUGGAGUUGGUGGGGCAGUGUUGUGGUCUAUUGGGAGCCUUGUGAGAAGGAAUCUGAUCAAUUUGGGGCUGAUCAAAUCAUGUUCUUAAAGAUGAUAGAGGGUGUGGAAUGUUCUACUUCUAUGCAACUUUAGUAGCUCAUAAUAUUCUUUGCUUGAGGAUUGGGUUUGUGUACAUAAAGUUAAGGGUGGAAUUUGGUGAUAGUAGUUGUUCUAGUUGGUUUGGUAGGUGAAAGCGGAUAGGUAUAUUAUGUACAGCUGGUUGGCAUUGGUUGUGAGAUGAAAUACAGAAUUGGAUUCUUGGUAGCAGAGAGACAGGGUUAGGUAGAGACACAACAAAUUGGGUUCAUUGUUCAGUUAGCAAUUAUUAGGUCAUGUGUACAUACCGUCUUUUUUUCAAUGUCUGUCUAUUAUCAAUACUAAUAUUAGCGUUGACUCUA